GGGGAGAGGGAAGAGCUCCCAGGGCAGAGCCAGGCUUGGGGUGGGCACCUGGGGGUGUCUCGCCCGUCUCUUUCCUUCAGGCCGGUACGGCCAGGUUCCAGGCCAUUGAAAGAUGCCCCCCAUUUGAAUACAAUAAAUAAAAGCCAAGUGUCGCUUUCAGAGGCGCUUAACCAGACGGGCCUUGUGCCCUGUGAGGUCAGUAUGUUCUCUCUGGAAGGUGCCAACCCCAGGGGAGAGGGAAGCAAUGGCAGGAUGGGCUCUGGGAUGACGGGUAGGGGAGCAGAACCGGGGAGCAAGAAGGACCAAGGAGAAAAAGGAAGGGAUAGCAAAGGAACAGACACACCAUUGCUCCCUGGAUUAUGGUGACUAGGACCUAGUCUACACCUGAUACUUAGGUCAGUUGGCUACCUUCCUCAGGGGUAUAGUUAAGCACAUUGACCUACCUACUGCCUCACAAGGAGGUGGAUUUACUACAGCUAUGGAAAAAUCCCUGCUUCACUGUUACAAGCAUCUGCACUACAACUUUGUCGCUCUAAUACAUGUAGUGUGGACAUACCGUAGCAUACUCAACUAGCAAUGGGCAUUAAGCUCUAUUGACCACAUCCCCACCUACAGGACAAACAUUUUCAAUCCAAGUUGAGGGAGGCCAGUAUGUCUGCUUAACUCCUUUGUCAAUUAGGGUUCGUUAUUCUAGGACUGGUCUACGUUUAAAAGUUAGGUCAACAUAUGGGCAGGGUGUAAAAUCCACAUCCCUGACGGAUGUAGCUAUGCCAACCUGACCCCCAGCAUAGACACAACUGUGUCAAUGGAAAAAUGCUUCCAUCAAGGUAGCUUCCACUGUUCAAGGAGGUGGGGUUCCUAUGCUAAUGGGGGGUCAAAACAAAAAACAAACCUUCCCAUCUGUGUAGGCUGAUGUAGCUAUUCCAGCAUAGUCUCAGUAACGUAGACGUAUCCCCAUGUAGAUAAAGCCUGGGGCAACUAGAUCUCUGUAAGAUUUCCAGGGCCAGUGUGGGACGGUAGCAUUUCCUGCCUCCCAUAUUACACAGAGAGCAGCAUUCCUUCUCCUCGGAGAGGCUGGAAGCUUUUAGAAGAGAAUGUGGAAAUUCUUAUAAUUUUAGUUAGCAUAGCAUGGAUGCAGAGCAGUUACAGGCUAGGUUUUAGAUAUGACUUGUGUAUGGAUGUUGGCUUUGUUUUGAAGUCUCUUCCCACCACUCCUGACCCCCCAAAAAGUUCUCCUAGCCACAGCUGUCUUUCUUUUAAGGCUUGUUAGCAGGCAGCUUUAUGAUGUUUACAUAUGGCUUUAAUUGUAUCAGCAGUUAAUUCCAUUUGUGGUUAUUCCCAUGUUAACAGAGCCCCUUGUUUAAUGAAUUUAUCUCCUGCUGCAGCAGACAUGUCUUUGCUAAGGAGACUUUGUACCCAUGUUACAAAUCAAACUUAAGUAACUUGUACAUGGCUGUGCAAGAGUCUCAGGGCAUCACUCAACUGAAUCACUUGCGAUAGUUUCCGCUGUGUGUUCAUCAGCCCGUGCUUGACAUGCUUGUGUUCACAAAGCGUAUUCUUAACAAUCCCAAGGGCACCUCCAUUUGACUCAGGGCUUGCAUUUGCUUAAUAAAAAUGUUAAUUGAUGGAAAGAAAACACAUUUAGAGGCAUGCGUGGGACUUUGCUUCUUGGGAGAUAAACAUUAUUUUCUUUUUAUAGAAAAAUAUUCUCCUGUGAUCACGUUGUAUGUUUCCAUUCCCACAGUGCUGAUUUGAAAAAAAAUCCUGCAAUGUUUCUAGUAGCCUGUAUAUUCACUCUGAACACACAUACAGAUAAGGGUUAAUGCAAAUAAAAGCAAAGGCAGGAAAAUUCUUAGUUACAGGGAUGCAUUAUUAUUAUUAUUUAUUCAUUCCAGUGAAAUAUUUUCUAAAAACAAUUUCCCUGCAGUGUUUGUAGCCUAAACUUUGAAGCUUUGUCCUAGUGCCAGAAUCUGAUUGUAAAGUUGACUAAAAUACAAAAGUGAAACUAACUAGUUAAGUCUCUCAGUUCAUGCUAAGAGAAACAAAAAACAAAAACAGAUAGUGCAAAGUUAUACAGUAAUUAAAAAAAUCACAUAUAUUUCUAACUUGACCCUCACCUAAGGUUUUCUCUAAUUUUAACCCCUUGUGCUUAAUGAACGGCCUGAACUAUGAUGCACAAGAGUAUCUGUUAGCUGGAAACCUCUGCUAUGUGUUGCCCUCAUGUGAGUUAAGGAUGCAAUUACAGCGAUCAUUGAAUUGUUUUACUUCAGUGAGACCCACAAUAUCAUUCUCAUAAACACGUAUUUUUGUGAUUUAAGACAUUGUUUAGUUCAGCUUGCUAAAUAUUUGAGCCACUUCAAAAUGAAUAGCAGUUUAUUCUUAAUGAACAGAGCUCUCUCUACUUUGUUUUUUUUUAAAGGUGUUCAGCCACCUUUUAUCUAAACUGGGAUUCCUCCCCACUCCAAUCACCUGGCAUCUUUCCCUAUCGUUAUCCCUCCAAGCAAAGCCAGCCCUCUUGUAUAUUUUUAAGGAGAAUAUAUAUAGAUAAUAGGUCUUACACUGUGGAUUUAUCAUUCUUAAAUACUGAUUUUCACUACUUUGAGGAACAUUUCUGGCCUACUUGGCAGUGUCCUGGCUAUUGAGCAAUGAAUGGUAAGGAUAAAGACAAAUCUUCUAUUUCAGUGCUAGCAGUAAGAGCUGCUGGAUAACACAGCUUAGUCUCUGGAGACUGAAAUGCUUUAGUCUAACCCAAGUUAUUGGGCUAUAGGGUAAGUAGGACAUGUAAUGGCUUGUGAUAUAUAGGUCAGACUAGAUGACCUAGUGGUCCCUUCUGGCUUUAAGCACUAUGACGCCAAAAUUCCCCAGGAGCUCUUGAGUAUUACAUCCACAACACUGCCAAUCCUGGGAGUAAAGGAUCAGGUCCUCACUUGGUAGAUAACUGUGAUUCCUCUACACCACUGACUCAAUCCCUGAAAAUGAGGGCUCCAAAGAAUAACAAACAGGACAUUGGUUGAAACCUAUUAAUGCACACUUUCUCUCUGUAUGAGCACAAAGCACUUUCCUCCACAGCUGUUGUCUGCUUGAGCAAAUGGUCUACUGAAGUAUACAAAAUCCUUCUGUCUCAAAUGCUCCCAAGGAUGAAGCAGGCAAGCUCAGCAGGGAAGCAGGAGAGUGCUAUGUGCAGGCAGCCGUGAUACAGAGCACAGCGGCAUCAAAGCACCUUGGAAUAAAUGUGAGUACAAGUUUUACAUUAAUUGAAUCCACCUUGGAAAGCCAUGGCCGCUGCCUCUCACCUGAACUCGGAUGCACUUCGGGAAGUUCUGGAAUGUCCUAUUUGCAUGGAGACCUUUACUGAGGAGCAGCUGAGGCCCAAACUCUUACACUGUGGGCACACCAUCUGCAGGCAGUGCUUGGAGAAACUCCUAGCAAACAGCAUCAAUGGGAUACGCUGUCCCUUCUGCAGCAAGAUCACUCGGAUCACAAACUUGGCUCAACUGACGGACAAUCUCACGGUGCUGAAGAUCAUAGACACCACAGGACUAAAUGAGGUUGUGGGCCUUUUCAUGUGCAAAGUUUGUGGGAGAAGGUUACCCAGGCACUUCUGUAAGAGCUGUAAUUUGGUUUUGUGUGACCCAUGCAAGGAGAUGGAACAUCUGCAACAAGGACAUGGUGUUGUUGCCAUCAAAGAGGCUGCUGAUGAACGGAGGAGGGAAUUUGGGGUAAAGCUUGGCAGACUUCGGGAGCUCAUGGGGGAUCUGCAGAAAAGAAAAGCAUCGCUGGAAGGGGUCUCCAAAGAUGUACAAUCCAGAUACAAAGCAGUUCUUCAGGAUUACAGCAAGGAAGAGCGCAAGAUCCAGGAAGAACUGGCAAGGUCACGGAAGUUCUUCACAAGCUCUUUGUCUGAAGUUGAGAAAGUAAAUAACCAGGUAAUGGAGGAACAGGCUUAUCUGCUGAACAUAGCAGAGGUGCAGAUCGUAUCUCGAUGUGACUAUUUCCUUGCCAAGAUUAAGCAGGGAGAUAUAGCUCUCUUGGAGGAGGCAGCGGACGAGGAAGAGCCAGAACUGACAAACAACCUACCAAGAGAGCUGACUCUGCAAGAGGUGGAACUCCUCAAGGUGGGCCAUGUGGGACCUCUGCAGAUUGGGCAGGUGGCAAAGAAACCUCGGACAGUCAACAUGGAGGAAUCUCUGAUGGAGACUGCUGCAUCCUCAUCAGCUACAUUUAGGGAAACUGAUGUGGUGCAAGAAGAGACUAGUUUGACCCCAAAUUCCUCACCUGCCAAACCAAGGAUGCCUGAAACAGCCACUAGCAUCCAGCAGUGUAACUUCCUCAAGAAGAUGGGCUCCAAAGGCAGCAUGCCAGGGAUGUUCAAUCUUCCUGUCAGCGUACAUGUCACCGUACAGGGAGAGGUGCUUGUGGCAGAUCGUGGCAAUUUCCGAAUCCAGGUAUUUACCCGCAAGGGUUUUCUGAAGGAAAUCCGGCGGAGCCCUAGUGGCAUUGAUAGCUUUGUGCUGAGUUUCCUUGGAGCAGAUCUACCCAAUUUGACUCCUCUGUGUGUCACCAUGAACUGCCAUGGCCUGAUAGGAGUGACUGACAGCUAUGAUAACUCACUAAAGGUGUAUACCAUGGAUGGACACUGCGUUGCAUGUCACAGGAGCCAGCUUAGCAAGCCCUGGGGCAUCACAGCUCUGCCUUCAGGACAGUUUGUAGUGACCGAUGUGGAAGGGGGAAAGCUCUGGUGUUUCACAGUGGACCGUGGUGUUGGGGUAGUCAAGUAUAGUUGCUUAUGUAGUGCUGUGCGCCCAAAGUUUGUUACUUGUGAUUCUGAAGGGACCGUAUACUUCACUCAGGGGCUAGGACUCAAUCUGGAGAACCGCCAGCAUGAGCACCACCUCGAGGGGGGCUUUUCAAUUGGCUCUGUAGGUCCAGAUGGGCACUUAGGCCGCCAGAUCAGCCACUUCUUCUCAGAGAAUGAGGAUUUCAGGUGCAUCGCUGGGAUGUGUGUGGAUGCUAGGGGAGACCUUAUAGUUGCAGACAGCAGCCGUAAAGAAAUCCUGCAUUUUCCUAAAGGAGGUGGCUACAAUAUCUUAAUCAGGGAAGGCCUCACCUGCCCUGUUGGCAUAGCCAUUACACCUAAAGGGCAGCUCCUAGUGCUGGACUGUUGGGAUCACUGCAUUAAGAUCUACAGUUACCAUUUGAGGAGGUAUUCCACACCAUAAGGGUGUUUCCCUGGAUAAAGCUACUCUUCUCAUUAUAGAUUCUCCCUGCCUUAUCAUCGUUUAACAGAAGUUAGUGCUGCAUUUGCAGGUAGAUUAUGUCCUAUUCCGAGCUGUGUCGCUAUUUUGUGUUUAGAAACAAAAUAGCCUUUUUUAUUUGUGUAAUUUAAA